AUGCAGAUACCGAUGCUUUCCUCGCCUCUCAAACAGACGAAUGAGAUCGACUGGGUAGCACCAUUACGGCAGCACAUCCGCAGCGCCUACGGAGACGACCCGGAUCGAUACGACAACGAAUGCCAAAGCCUGAACCGUCUACGGCAGGACAUGCGAGGAGCAGGCAAAGAUAGUGCAGCCGGUCGAGAUCUCUUGUACCGCUACUACGGCCAACUCGAACUCCUCGACCUCCGCUUCCCCGUCGACGAAAACCAUAUCAAAAUCUCCUUCACCUGGUUCGACGCCUUCACACACAAACCCACCGCCCAGUACAGCCUCGCCUACGAGAAAGCCAGCAUCAUCUUCAACAUCUCCGCCGUCUUGUCCUGUCAUGCUGCGAACCAGAACCGCCACGAGGACACCGGGCUGAAGACGGCAUAUCAUUCUUUCCAAGCCUCGGCCGGCAUGUUUACCUACAUCAACGAGAAUUUCCUACACGCUCCCAGUACGGAUCUGAGUCGGGAUACGGUCAAGACUUUGAUUAGUAUCAUGCUUGCUCAGGCCCAGGAGGUGUUUAUUGAGAAGCAGAUUGUGGACCAGAAGAAACCGGGUUUGCUUGCUAAGCUGGCGGCGCAAGCGGCGUAUCUGUAUGCACAAGCGGUGGAGGGAACGCAGGAUAAUGUUUCCCGGGCAGUGUUUGAGAGAGUGUGGUUGUUGGUCGUGCAAAUUAAGCAGCAUCAUCUGGCUAGCUUGGCACAGUACUAUCAGGCCGUUGCGGAUUACGAGGCCAACAGCUAUGGGCAAGCGAUCAGUCGCGUGCAGGCGGCCCAAAAUGCUAGUAAAGAGGCUACUCGGCUUGCUAAUGCUUUCCCUGGAAGUGUGCCGGCGAACAGUAAUCUCACUUCCGAAACGGGGCAGGUCCUGGUUGAUAUGACGAAGAAGCAUAUGUCUUCCAUAACGGAGCUACUGACCGAGUACAUUCGAGACAACGACAUGAUCUACCACCAGCCCGUACCUUCGGAAAACAACCUGACGAGUAUACCUAAGCUCCCAGCGGCAAAGGCUAUCCCAGUCAGUGAGCUGUAUCAGGGACAGGACAUCCAAAGAAUUAUCGGACCCGACAUCUUCCAGAGGAUUGUGCCGAUGAGCGUUACGGAGAGUGCGAGUCUGUACGACGAGGAGAAGGCUAAGCUGGCACGUGCCGAAGCCGAGCGAGUAGAGACUGCCGAUGAUGAGCUUGCUACUUCACUGGACUAUCUGAAGCUUCCCGGCAGUCUGAACAUCCUCAAGGGUGGCCUGGAUCAGGAAAGUAUGGGUGUCGACGACGAGUUCCGGAAUUGGUGUAGCGAUCUAUCAGGUCACAGUCCCUUCGGUCCAACCUUUGAACAGCUACGAGAGGACAAGCAGAGUAUCCUUUCUACUCUCGAUGGCUGCACAAAACAACUCGACAUGGAAGAGUCCGUGUGCGAGAAGAUGCGAAGCAAAUACGGCGGCGAAUGGACACAGCAACCUUCUAGCCGCCUGACCUCCACCCUUCGGACAGACAGCAGAAGAUACCGCUCCGCAGUCGAAGAAGCCUCCACGAGCGACGCGCAACUCUUCUCUUCCUUCCGCCAGUUCGAGUCUGAUUUCGAGGAGAUGAGAUCAGCGGGCGAGACAGACGAGGCGGAUGUGCUAUAUCAGCGCGCCAUGAUCAAGGCUGGUGCGGGCAAGAAGAAUGUGGCGAGUCCAGGUGCUGCGGAAGAAGGGAAUCUGUUGGAUGAUGACUUUGCCGAUGAGACGAGGCAGAGUGUAGCGGAGCAGAUUGAGCGGGUGGAGGAGUUGAUGAGGAAGCUGCAGUUGGUGAAGAGGGAGAGGGCGCAGGUGCUGAAGGAUUUGAAGGAUAAGAUUCACAACGACGACAUCUCAUCCGUCCUCAUCCUCAACAAGAAAGCCAUCACGAACCAAGAAGCCGCACUUUUCAAAUCAGAGCUUGAGAAGUUCCGACCACAUCAGAACAGAAUACUACAGGCCAACCACAAGCAAUCAUCUCUGAUGAAGGAGCUCACACGAACGUAUGGCGACCUGCUACAAGACAAGCGCGUCCGAGGCGAGCAGAACAAAUACGAGGCCUUCUCGCGACAACGGAACAACGUCCUUGGGAGGUACCGAAGAGUGUACCAGGCGUACACAGACCUACAGUCUGGACUCUCACGGGCACAGCAGUUCUACGACGAGAUACGAGAGACGGUGGAAAGCUUGCGGAAGAACGUGGAAUCCUUCGUCGAGAACAGGAGAUCAGAGGGUGGGCAGUUAUUGAGUGCCAUCGAAGCUGCCAAAGGCAGCGGAGCAGACCGCGAGCAAGCGAGGCUAAAAGAGUUGAUGGAGAGGAUGAGUGUUAGUCCUUCCACGCAAUCUUCUGGCUCGCCCGUUCCUGGCUCAGGUGGUGGGAUGGGCAUGGGCGAUCAGAGAGCUUCAGGCCACAGACCACCUCCUCUCCUACCACAGACAAGCUACGGCCAGUCACAGCAGCCUUCGUACAACCCGGCCGCAAGUCCGCCGAUCACACCGCGAUAUCAACAGCUUAAUGGUACACCAUCAUACCAAAAUGCUUAUCAGCCUACACCUACGAACGGCACAUUCGCCCAACCGCAGCAAGGAGGCGGACGACCCCAGAGCUACAUCUCUCAGCCUCCACAACAACAAGGGCAAGGUGAGAGGAGCUCCUACAACCCGAAUUCCUACGGACCUGUCUCGCCACCCGCCCAUCAACAAUACUUCUCCCCUCCGCCCACGCAGCACCAACAAUUCCCCUCCUCCUCCUAUCAACAGCAGCAACCAACAACAUCACAAUAUGGACAUCCGUCUCAGCAGCAGCAAUCAUAUCCCGGCUCAGCGCAAACCUCAGUACCGCCAGGCUGGCAGCCUCCACCGCCACCACCAGGACCACCGCCGAGUCACGACUAUGGCGUACUACAAGCUAGUACUUAUCCUUCUGGACCGGGCGGGUACGCGCAGGAUGCUAGGCGGGGCGCAGGACAAGGACAGCAGCAGCAGCAGGCUGGUGUUGGUGGUGGUGGUGAUCCUUGGGCUGGGCUCGGUGCUUGGAAGUAG